AUGGGGGAGCUCCACAACGCCGCCCCCCGGCCGGCCGCGGGACGCGCCCCGAGAGGCCGCGCGUCGCCCCGCGGGCGGGAGUUUCGAACGGCUCGGGGCGAGGGAGGGAGCACGGGGCGCUCCUGCCCGCCCGCGGGGCGAGCCAGCGGCGGCCGCUACCCUGGGAGGAGGAAGAGGCCGCUCGGCUGGGGCUGCCUAUGCAGACAAGAAAGCUCCUUAAUUGUCCUGGAUGAGUACCCUGCAGUACUGUCAACAGCUAAUACUACAUGCUUAAAAGAUUUGGAAUGGAAAAUAAUUUAUGUGGGUUCAGCUGAAAGUGAAGAGUAUGAUCAGGUGUUAGACUCUGUUUUAGUCGGACCUGUUCCUGCAGGCAGACACAUGUUUGUAUUUCAGGCUGAUGCACCUAACCCAGGGCUUAUUCCAGAUGCAGAUGCAGUAGGUGUAACAGUUGUGCUAAUUACAUGCACUUACCGAGGUCAAGAAUUUAUUAGAGUUGGCUACUAUGUAAACAAUGAAUAUACUGAAACAGAACUGAGAGAGAAUCCACCUGUAAAGCCAGACUUUUCUAAGCUUCAAAGGAAUAUUUUGGCAUCUAAUCCCAGAGUCACAAGAUUCCACAUUAAUUGGGAGGACAACACUGAAAAACUGGAAGAUGCAGAGAGCAGUAACCCAAAUCUACAGUCUCUGCUUUCCACAGAUGCGUUACCUUCAGCAUCGAAGGGAUGGUCAACAUCAGAAAAUUCACUAAAUGUUAUGUUAGAAUCUCAUAUGGACUGCAUGUGACUAACCACCAUCAUUUUGGUACUGUAUAUGUGUUAAACUGUAAAAACAACCAGAACUAUUUCCCUCAAAUUCCAUAAGUACAUAGUUUGAUGAGCAAUGUGAAGAACUUGUUUUAAAACAUCCUGUAGAAAGUUUAUAAAAAAACCAAAAAAACCCAACAAACAAACAGUAUUUGAGCAAAUUGUGGAAUAUAAAUACAACUAUUUUUAAGUAAUUGCCUUUUUUUCUAAUGUGUUAUUCUAUGUGGUCUGAACCAAACCUGAUUAAAGUAUAUGUAUUCUCCCCCCUCCCCCUUUACUUUGUAAGCACUAUUAAAAGCUAAAAAAAAAAAGUUUAAAGGUUAAAACAUUCAGGCAGAAUGAAGGAAUAAUGCCAUGUCCUUGUCUCUGAUACCCAGAUUGCCAAAUAUAAAGUGCCCUUUAAUAGCAGCUUAAGAACAAAACUGUCAUUAGAUGAAGUGCAAAGAAAAAAGUAUCUCUGAUUAAAAAAAAAAAAGUCCAAAAAUGUCCUUUUGCUCUAAAAGCAGACAGCACAGUAUAAUUUUAGGUGCAAGAUUCUUUUUUUUUUCAAGGCACAUACUUGUUACUUAAAGCAUGCAAUUUGAGAUUUACCAUCUGCUAUUUUGGAUUUUAGGACUUUUUUUUUUUUUAAAUCUCCUCCUGCUACUCUUUAGUCAAACAGUGGUUUGUUCAGGACAGUAUUUCAUGGGGAUUUGAGUGGGUAUCUCAGGAAAGAACCCUUUUUCAGCCACCCUAAUAGCAAUUGGUUGGAAGGAUGCAAGCAAUUACUAAAAAGUUCUAAGUGUCAAAAGGAAUGGUGUGAGUAUCCCAAAAAUGCUCUUCUGUAAGAUUAUUAUGUACCACUGCUGGUUGGUAUGGUUAUUUUCAGGUAUGCUUUGUUCUUGUAGUCUUUUUCACUAGUAAUAAGGAGUUUAGAUGUUGUCUUUCAUUUUUUUGAAACGCCUGGAAUUGAAAACUUCUGUUUUCUCUCUACUGUUUAAGGCAACCCUAUGCAUUGGUAUAAAUCAAGAUUCAAAUCCUGUUGUGGCAGGCAGAAUACAUUACUUGCCCUGAAGCUCUUGCACUGAGAUGUCCCUAUUACCUGAGGCAUCCUUGAAGACAAAGAACUAAGCAGUAAACUGUAAAGACUUAAGACAUCAUUAUGACACUAACAAUGUAGUUAUUCUUCCAGUCCUCAUUAGCUUUAUACAUAUACUCUUGACAGUAUGUGCAUUUACAUUUUAAUCUGUCAUGCCAGAUUACAGGAAUAUAAUUCUGCUAGUUAGAAGUAACCGCCCAAACUGUGAACCCUUGUAGGUUCCAGGCCCUUCAAAAAAAGGUAGAUUUCAUGAUGACUGACAGUAGAACUCUGAAUAAAAAUAGAAUGCUUUCUCUUUCUGCAUUCUCUAAUGUGGAUGAAGAUGUGCCAGGCAGUUGAUGCUUCUGUCUUUCCACAUUGUUAGUGAAAUUGUCUUCAUUUUGAACAUGUAUAUUUUUUUAAAUUGGAAAGGAGUUAUCUGAAUGUACGUGCAUAUGGAAGCUCAGCAGUACAUAGGGUAGCUGAAUGAAUUACUGAAAUCCAUUAAUAUUUGGAACCAUAAUUCUAAUGUGUGCUCCUAAAAAUCUCUCUGUAAUUGUUUAAAUGAUGACUAGCAAUUUAAAAGUAUUAACACUGUAAUAUUGGUAUGACUUAACAGAAUUGGUUCCCUAAACUAGCAGUUGUUUCACUUGAGGGCUGAAGUUCUGUGAACUUUUAAGAAAGGUCUUUGGUUUUCAAUUAUAUUGCAACUUUCAGGUC